UUUACCAUACAAUAACAAUUAUAUUGAUUAGAAAGGAAAUUAAUAAAAAAGAAUUACAGUAUUAAUUUAAGUUACCAAGAUGAUGAUACCAAUAGUAAUAAUCAAACACCUUUCAUCACAUGAUACAUAAAGUAUGGAAUUAUACAUUGUCAAUUAAAAGUAUGCCAUAAUAAAUAGGUUCAGAUAUAUUAUACAAUCUAUUUAUGCAUAUGUAAUAAAGAAAUUAAGAUAUGGCCAUGGGAUUUAAUUAUCCUUAAGCAUUUUUAAAUUAAAGCAAUUAAAAUAAUUCCAGAACUAGUGACAUACAACAAAGGCGAUGAUGAGAAAAUUAUAUUGAUCUGCUAUAUUUACUAUUAUGAAUUUAUGUUGGUGCUUUGCAAAUAGUUUUUUUUUUUUUACGGAAAAUAUGAUUUAUAGAGUAACAAAUAAAAUCCUUUGAGAUUUCACAUUUUUUUGAGGAAAAAAGUGAAAUUAUGUUCAGAGGAAAACAUUCUAAAUCGAUGAAGAGGUUAUCCAUAAUUUACGUAACACACGUAUGGGGGUAUGCAGUUAUUAUUAUUCUCUUUCCUUGAUUUAGAAUGUUUUCCUUUCAAGAUUUCAUUUUGAGGGGAUGUAGAUAUUAAUCUACAUGGCGGGGAAAUAAAUAAAUAUAUAUAUAUAUAGGAUCAGCUAAUUUAUAUAAUACCCAUUUUAAAUGUUUAAAUUGUUUUGAAUUAGUCCAUUUUAUUGUGUUUGUACGUGGUAUACUCGAACCAGAUUUUAUAAUUAAUUUUUGCUGGCGUAUUGCUAAGCCAAUCUCCAAAUUAUCGAAACUAAAAUCUACUGUAAUUUAAAUGAUAAUUGUUAUAUAAACCGUGACGAUGGUCGGUCGAACUGAUCGAUAUCGAAUCAAUGCGACUGCAAAGUAGACUAAGAGCAGGCAAGGAAUACAAGGGCAGUUUGAAAGCUCACGCAACGUAUUUUAUACGCUACUUACGUAACUUUCUAUUGUAAAACCGUUAUCAACAAUUAAAAAUUCAAGCUGGAUACGAGCAAACAAAAACUUAUGCCAGAUCUAACUUAUUUUGAAACGAAUGUAACUAAGAUGACGAGCGAUCAGAAUCAGAAAUCGUCGGAAGACGAGAUAAUACCUUCGAGAGUGGAAACACCAGAGCCGAUACCCGAUGAUUGUACCUGCCUCGAAUGCCUUCUACGACCUAUACAAAGCAUGGUUCGGAUUUUCGGGGUGGAUUUCCAUUUUGGAGAAGAAGGCCACGAGAAACCGGAGAGAGAGAAAAAAAUGCAUAAAUGGAGGAAGGUAUACGGCAUCAUUAUUUUGCUUUUCAUGUGGAUGGCCGCUGGUAGACAGGCCGGAUCCUUUUUUAUGAUGAAUUGGAAGAGUAAAUUGUAUUUUGGUGACAUCAGCCAGAUUUUGCCCAAAGACGGUAGCUCUUGGUUAUAUGUCUAUCUGACUUCACACUGGAUCGCUUGCUUGUCUUUGACCACCUUCUUCUUCACCGACAAAACUUACUACUUGACAAAUUUGAUGUAUUUGUUGGAAGAAAUGCGUUCCGAUACGGCUCGUCACAGAAGAAUCGAGAAAACGAUACUGGGAUGGCAAAAAUCUUUAAUGUUUGGCACGAGCCUCUGCUUUGUCGGAUUCACCAUCUAUGCCGUAAUUCUCUUUUCUUAUUGGCGAUUUAAGCACAUGAGCCCCAGUGAUGACAAGCUUCUGGUCGCUUUCCAAAUAUUUUGGGCCUGUUUAGAGAAAAUAUAUCUGUACGGAAUGGGAUUAUACGGGCCCGUUUUUUUGGUAUUGAAUAAUCUGAUCGUAAUCAAAUCCUAUCAAGAAUACGCCGAACAAUUAUCAGAAGAAGUCAAUGGAGACAUUCAGCAAACUAAUUUUCAAGCCUUGCAAAUUAAAUACCACAGACUUUGCCAAAUGAUUGGAUACAACGAUCAGUUAAUGAGAGGAGUCUCGAAUUUCACUUUCCCUGGUCUCAUUUUCAUGCAGGCAUUGCUCUUCUACUUAGCACUCUUCAGUCUCACUCUACCCGCAUCUAAAAUUAUGAUAAAGAUUCUGACCUUUCUAACAAUAUUGAUUUUCGCUGUUGCUUGUUGUUAUCCCGCGGCUUUGACAUCUGCUGCUACCAGACCUUAUGACGUUUUGUACGAGGCGACUUUCAUGCCUAUCAAAGUGGAAAAUCAAUUCCGAAUUCACGAUCUGAUGAAACAAAUUGGAGGUUCGCCCAUCGGCUUGACAUGGUUGAAUGUAUUUGUCAUGAAUAAGGGAGCCAUUAUAAAGGUUAUCAGUUUGUUGCUUUCCAUUUUCAUCUUCAUGUUGCAAUUCCAACAAUUACAUGAAAGCAGAGAUUGCGCCGCUCAAGAAGAACGAGAAUAUCAAAGAGAUUUUAUCCAAGAUUGAGGGGUGAUGAACAAUCCUGAACUUCUAAACGCUCAAACUAUUUAAACAAUAUCCUUAAGUUGAUACAUUUUUAUCAAUAUGAUUGAAUUAUAAUAUGAUUUUGGGAUAAUUUGGUUUUUAAAUUAUAGAAUAUGUAACUUUUUUGAAUAAUUACAUAAUUACUUAUGAUUAUUUUUUCUAAUUACCAUAUAAAGUGGAUCAAUGACUUCAGCCAAAAGUAAUAGUAUGGCUGGUUGCCCAGCUGAUUAUUUAUUGAUCCACACUUUUAAAAUUUUUAAAAA